AUGCCUACACACGCGAUCUUAGGAGCAACAGGCUCAACAGGAGCCGCGACUCUGCACUAUCUCCUCGAAACACAGCCGGAAGACUUACGGAUCAACAUCUUCGUUCGGAACAAAGCGAAGCUCCUGUCGGCAUUCCCUCAGCUAGAGAAGAUAACGAGCCCAGAGAUCCACAUCUACGUUGCGCCCAUCACGGAUCGCGAGACGCUCACGGAAUGCCUUCACGGAGCAGAAGUGAUCUACAACUGCAUCGCGGGCAACCGAUCCAAGCGCGGAAUGGACAUCGCCCAACAGGGAGCAGCAGGCAUCAUCGACGCACUCAAGCGACUCAAAACCGAAGAUCUCGAAGAGCCGCCAACCGUGCUGGUGAACCGGACCAUGUUCUAUAACGAAACCAUCGACAACGACAUGUCCGGUUUCCAGAGGAAGAUCGCCGAAUUCCUCCUGCACUUUCCCUACACCGACAUCAAGAAGGCGGAGCUGCUGUACCGACACGAAGCCGAGCAGCCGAAACCUAUAUUCAGUUUCAUCCUGAUGGACGGCCCGGGCUUGCACGAUUCCGUGAGCAUGGAGCGGACGGGCCACAAGCUCGUUCUCACGCAUGAAAAGGUCGGCAAGGAGCUGAACUACGCCGACUUUGGCGCUGCGUGGGUAGAGGCGGCGUCCAGGAAGAAGGAGUUGCGGAAUCGCGAGGUCGCGGUGGGUUCGACAGGGAAGGUGAGGACGGAGUAUUCGGUGCUGUUGGGUUAUCUGUGGCAAGGUCUCCUGGCACAUAUCAUCCCGUGGUAA